AGCGAUAUUGCGAAUAAUUCGAAGCGCGAUGUAUGCACCAGCUAAGGGACAAUGAAGCGAAACUUAAUUAGCUGGUUUAAGUUCCUGGCCUUAGCGGCGUUUACCGUCUUCCUCACGACCCUCAUCUUUCGACUGCUUCGAACGCCUCGUUCGCGUGGAUCCUUGGUGCAGAUGAAUAUCGAAGAUGGUAGGAAGAUGGCAGCGGUCGCGCGGUCUCCUUUGAAGCAGAUGUUAGAUGAGAAAGUGGAUUGGCACGAUUACGAGGGGAUUAGGGAGGAGCUGAAGAGAACGGGUAUUGGGGAACAAGGUAAAGCCGCAAUGCUCCCACCGUCGUUGGAUUUAAUUAAGUUUAAGCUUUACGAGGUAAAUGGCUUUAAUGCUGCUCUAAGUGAUCAAAUAUCAGUCAAUAGAUCCAUACCUGAUAUUAGACAUCAAAAUUGCAAAAAGAAAAAGUAUUCGAAAAAUCUUGAUUCCGUUUCCGUAAUAGUUUCUUUUCAUAAUGAACAUUUUAGUACUUUGAUGAGAACCUGUUGGAGCGUUAUCAAUCGUUCGCCACCUAAUCUGCUGCAAGAAAUUAUUUUGGUCGACGAUGCGAGCACGAAACUGCAGCUGAAAGAUAACUUGGACGAAUACGUAAAGAAAAAUUUGCCUAAAGUGAAGAUAAUAAGAUUGUCGGAGCGCUCUGGUCUUAUAAGGGGCAGACUAGCCGGUGCGGAAAAGGCAGUGGCUAAGAUUCUAGUUUUCCUCGAUUCUCAUAGCGAAGCCAAUGUCAAUUGGCUACCCCCUUUGCUGGAGCCAAUAUCAAGAGAUUACAAGACUUGCGUGUGUCCGUUCAUCGAUGUCAUUGCUUACGAGAGCUUUGAGUAUAGAGCGCAAGACGAAGGCGCCAGAGGGGCAUUCGAUUGGGAAUUGUAUUACAAGAGAUUGCCCUUGCUCCCCGAGGACAUGAAAAAUCCUACCGAGCCAUUUAAAAGUCCAAUAAUGGCUGGUGGAUUAUUUGCCAUUAGUGCCAAAUUCUUUUGGGAACUAGGUGGCUACGAUCCGGGCUUAGACAUUUGGGGUGGCGAGCAGUACGAGCUCUCGUUUAAAAUUUGGCAGUGCGGUGGACAAAUGUACGAUGCACCGUGCUCGAGAGUCGGACACAUUUAUCGAAAAUUUCCGCCUUUUCCAAAUCCCGGUCACGGCGACUUUCUUGGUAAAAAUUAUAGAAGAGUGGCCGAAGUGUGGAUGGACGAGUAUGCCGAGUUCAUUUAUCGAAGACGGCCUCACUUGAAAACCAUAGAUCCUGGCGAUUUAACGGAGCAAAAGGCUCUGAGAGAGAAAUUACAGUGUAAAUCUUUCAAGUGGUUCAUUGAAAAUAUUGCUUUUGAUCUAGUUAAGGUUUAUCCUCCAAUCGAGCCCGAUGAUUUUGCUCAUGGAGAAAUAAGAAAUAUCGGGGCGCCAAAUCUUUGCUUGAACAUUAAAGGCGAGAUAGAGGAGGAGGAAGUUGUAGUUGAUAUUUGUAAAAAAGAUAAUACAAACGUUAAAGGGGACCAAGAAUUUCAAUUGACCUGGCACAAAGAUGUUCGACCGUAUAAACGCACCGAGUGCCUGGACGUUUCGAAAGGAGAUGAAAAGUCACCGGUAACUCUGUAUCCGUGCCAUGGCAAGCAAGGGAAUCAACUUUGGCGUUACAAUGUCGAGAAACAGUGGCUGAUUCAUGGACACGGAUAUAGAUGUCUAGAUACGGAUCCAGCGCAGAAGAAAAUCUUUGUCACAAAUUGCGACGAUGCAUCUUCUACUCAAAAGUGGCGAAUAGAGCAUGUGAAUAUGAAAGCAAUGAAUCAUUGGGAAUACGUUACUGUGUAGAAUUAUAUUAUUAUAAAAUUGCCAUACUUGUAACUAGUCAUUGUUUUGAUAAUAACAAAGAAGAAAAUUAUAUUUUUUUCUUUAAAAAAAAAAAAUAUAUUUGAAAUACUUGCCAAUGAUCGUUUGAUCUAAUAGUUUGAGCGAGCUUGAUUUAGAAUAUAAUUGGCAUCGAUAUUCCAAUAAACAAAUGUGCCUUACAAGAUACUAAUUGAAAAUAUAAAAAUGCUUGUAAGAGAAUGCUUUUAAUUAAAAAAAAAAAAAAAAAAAUGAGCAUCUUGUUUAUUUAGACUAAUUUUAAUGAGAUAAUCACACGUCUUCUUAAUGAUGGUUACAUACACUUAUUGAUUUUAUUAUUUUACUCAACUGAAAUUAGUAUAAAAUAAUGUUGCUACACUUUUGGUUAUGAGUUUUCAAAAGGCAAAGGUCGUGCAUAAGUUUUUAUCGAUUAAUAUUAAUUGUAGUAGAAAGGAUCUUAUAAAGAUCCUUCUUAAAAGUAUUUUAUUAUUUGUUAUCUUUCCUUAUAAGGUCUAUUUAUAAUUCUAUUAAAGGUGUAGGAAUUGAUAGGUAUAUUGUUAGACUAAAGAGAAGGGUUUUAUUAUAUAUUUAAUUUUAAAAGUUUGUUUA